AUGUCUCUUGUUAGCUACAUAUCUUCAGACGAGAGUGAAAAUGGGGAAAAAAGGGAGGAAAAAGGGUCUAAUUGCACAAGAAAAAUAGUAGCAGCACCAGAUGUAUCUAUACAGGACACAAAAAGGCUUAGAUUGAUGCAAAAUGACUUUAAAAAUGGAAAAAUUAUGCUAAAUAUCCCAUAUGAAGAUCUUUCUAAACCUAUUCAAGGACCAGUUAAUCCAUUUAAUGGAAGAAUGUUAGAAAAAAAGACAGUAAUUACAGGUCAUGCGGAGGAGCAAGGUUUUUCAGAAGCAACAUUUCGUGAUCAAUAUCGUACAUUUAAUGCAUUUGGAUAUGCUAGAGAUCCAUCGCUUCAAUCGAUAGGAUUUGAUGGGCCAAAGGCAUUUGUUGGAGAUGUGGAGCUUGCUAUGAAGCAGAAUGGAGAAAGUGUUUUGGAAAGAAAAUUUAAUAAACAACGAACUAAAGAGAUAAAAAGUUUAAGAGAAAAAACUGGAGAUUUAGGAACGGUUUAUGGAGAAAAUACAUAUAAAGGACCAUGGGCGAAAUAUGUAUUUAAAGAAACAGAGCAGACGUUUUCUCCUCCAGAAACAGAUGAAGAUGAAGAAAAUGAAAUGCCAGUCUCGAAUCCGAUCAUUGAAUCUCAAAAUAUCGAUGUUAAUACAACUGGUAUAGAAAAAACAAUAUUUCAUGGAGAAAGCAUGUACGAUUAUCAGGGUCGAACAUAUAUGCAUGUACCUUUCGAUUUGGAUAUUAAUCUAUUAAAGGAGCCAGGACAACAAGAAUGUUUUGUUCCUAAAAAACGUAUUCAUACAUGGGAAGGUCAUACUAAAACUAUUUCAGCUGCAAGAUUUUUUCCACGCUCUGGGCAUCUUAUUCUUUCUGGAUCCAUGGAUUCUAAAAUUAAGCUUUGGGAUGUUUAUCAUGAAAGAUCUCUUCUUCGUACAUAUUUUGGGCAUAGUACGGGCGUCAGAGAUAUAACAUUUACGAAUGAUGGACGAAAAUUUUUAAGUGCUAGUUAUGAUAGAAUGAUUAAACUUUGGGAUACAGAAACAGGGCAAUGCAUAUCUCGAUUUACUACAGGAAAAAUUCCAUAUGUUGUUAAAUUUAAUCCAGAUGAUGAUAAACAACAUGAGUUUUUAACAGGGAUGUCUGAUAAAAAGAUUGUUCAAUUCGAUAUAAAUUCUGGGGAGAUUAUACAAGAAUAUGAUCAUCAUUUAGGAGCGGUAAAUACAAUUACAUUUAUUGAUGAAAAUAGACGGUUUAUAACAACUUCUGAUGAUAAAUCACUACGUGCUUGGGAAUAUGGAAUACCCGUUCCAAUUAAAUACAUUGCAGAGCCUUACAUGCAUUCUUUGACAUCUGUUGCAUUGCAUCCUUCUGGAAAAUAUGUAGCAUGUCAAUCUCUUGACAAUCAAAUAAUUGUAUUUUCGGUUAUAGAUAAAUUUAGACAAAGACGUCAGAAAAAUUUUAAAGGACACAGCUGUGCUGGAUAUGCCCUUGAGGUUAAUUUUUCUCCUGACGGACGUUUAUUGUGUAGUGGAGAUUCUGGUGGUUAUGCGUGUUUUUGGGAUUGGAAAACAUGUAGAAUGUAUAAAAAAUUUUCUGCACAUAAUGGUCCUUUAUCAACGAUAGCUUUUCAUCCCCAAGAAACAAGUAAAGUUGUAACUGGAGGUUGGGAUGGAAUGAUACAUUAUUGGGAUUAA